AUGGACCUCCAGAACGCGUCAGAAAUUCCAGAAAGUUAUAGCCGCUUACGCUAUAUAUACGAAGCGCUGUACAACUGUUCUGAUAAGCAGCCGAUCGUAGCCAUCCGAAGGUUGCGGAUGAAAAAAGUCUGGUACUGUUCGCUGAAAGAAGAACAACAAACGCAAGUGGAAACCCACUCGAAUCGUGUAGAAAUGUUGGAAAGCACCAUAUAUUGGGAUUUUGGGAUAUCGUGCCAACUGACAAAUAAGGCGGCCCUUGUGCAUCGCAUUCGGUUGAAGUGGGAAACCGUAAAAGAGAGAUCCAAAUAUUUUUUCCCGAAGGAAACUACUCACAAGAUUGCUGAAUACUCUUCGACUGCCUACGACCGGUUUCGUCCUUCCACUUCGGGCUCAUCAUGUAGGUGCAGUCCUCGAGUUUCCAUCAACCUUAUGUUCUACUUGAACCCAAAUUGCACUGUUUUUGAGAAAUACACUCAUUUGCAAAUCACUUUGGUUGCUGAAAACUCAGCGACGGCCCACGACCUGUUUCGCCAUUCUUGGGGCGCAUCAGAUAAGUACAAUCCCCGACUUACUCUUAUGUUCUACUUGAACGCCAGUUCCACGAAAUCUGAUAGGUACCCUCAUUUGCACACUAACUUGGUUUUCACUUAG